AUGAAUCCAGGACUUCUCCUCCUCUUCUUUGCCUUCUGCUUCCUCUUCUCCUCCGCCGUCCCCCAAUUCAACGAUAAUAAGCCGGGGAUCCUAACUAAGAACGAUACAAAUGAAAAUGCCCUCGCUGCUAUUGAAGAGAAGUGGGGGAUCCAAAUCUGGGAUAAGGCGGUUGAUCCUUGCGAGCCCGGUGCGUGGUGGAGUCUGGAGUAUGCUAAUCCAAGGAUCGUCUGCGACUGCUCUUCAAACUGCACCGUGACGCUGCUGGAUUUAAGUCGCAACAUAUUGAAUGGCUCAAUUCCCCCACAAAUUGGCCAACUCAAACAAUUGCAGAACUUGAGUCUGGACACAAACAAUUUGACAGGCAGCAUUCCUUCUGAUAUUGGAAACCUAACUAAAUUGAGACAUCUAAGUUUGAGUACAAACAGAUUGUCUGGAGAUAUUCCACCUGAAUUCGGAGAACUGAUUUCUCUAGAGCAAUUGUAUAUCGACAGCAAUGAACUGACUGGUUCACUGCAAUUUGGGACACAUGUAGCUUCACAGAAUACACUGACUGGACUUAAGAUCCUAUGGGCAUUUGACAAUAACUUUACUGGACCUUUGCCAGAAACCAUUGGAAGAUUCACCAAUCUCAAGGAUCUAAGGAUAUUUGGUACAUCAUUUGAAGGACCUAUACCUCAAGAAUACAGUGCACUUGCAAACCUGGAAACCUUAUCAAUGACUAAUUGA